AACCUAUUUUCUCUCUAGCCCAGGAGGUCCCAGGCCGCUUCCCUCCAUCCCCCACCACACCCCACUGAGAGAGGCGGAGACCUGGAAAGGAGGAGGAAGGGGGUGAUGUCCAAGAGCCCCGAGAGAGCGUGGGUGCCCCCAGAGCUGGGGCAGGCGGGUCCCGGUGGCAGCCAGCUGAAUCACUACCCUCUCUGGGUCCCCGCGCCAGGGAAGGCGGGAGCUGCCUGGAGGAGGAGGAGACCAGAAGGAAGCACUUCCCAGGGAGCAGACCGGGAAUGGGGCGAGCAUCGGGCUGGGGGACAGACUUCAGGUCAGGCUGGGGUUCGGAAACGCGGGUCCCGCCUGGGCAAAGGGGGUGCCAGCACCGCCAGGCCUGAAGGCACCGGGGUGGCAUAGGGACACCCCCCUUCAGGCUCGGGGGUUCUCCAACCCCUCCCGAGCACCGCUUCUCUCCGCGACUGCCAAGACAGCCGAGGAGGGGAGCCGCGGGGGCAGGGGCGCGGGGCAACUCUCCGGGCCUCGCCGGGUCGCGGCGCUCAAACAUCCUCCCAGCCCUCGCGCGCCCGCGGUGCCGACCCACCGGCCCCGCGUUCCCGCCCCGCCCCGCCCCGCCCCGCACGUGCCCGGAGGGAGGAGGCGGCCGGGGCGGGGAGCGAGUCGAACUUCUCCGCGGCAGCCGGGAGUCAGCGCGGGGCGCAGCGGGGGCGGCGGCCAGCCCUGCCCAGUGAGCGGCCGGUGCGCUCCGCCGCGCGCGCUCCGGCUGCCCGUCGGAGCCCCCUCCCCGGGGCGCCUCGCCCCCCCCGCGCCCCUCCGCGACCGGCCGCCCCCCGACUCCCGGGCGGGCGCGGCGGGUGGGCGCGAUGGCCCCGCGGCUGCCCGCGCUGCUGCUCGUGGCGGCGGCAAUGAGCCGGCCCGCCGCGCCCUGCCCGUUCCAGUGCUACUGCUUCGGCAGCCCGCGGCUGCUGCUGCGCUGCGCGCCGGGCGCCGAGCUCCGGCAGCCGCCGCGGGACGUGCCGCCCGACGCGCGCAACCUCACCAUCGUGGGCGCCAACCUGACGGUGCUGCGCGCCGCCGCCUUCGCCGGCGGGGCGGCUGACGGCGACCCCGAGCCCGCGGCGCCCGGUGUGCGCCUGCCGCUGCUCACGGCGCUGCGCCUCACGCACAACAACAUCGAGGUGGUGGAGGACGGCGCCUUCGACGGGCUGCCCAGCCUAGCGGCGCUCGACCUGAGCCACAACCCGCUGCGCGCGCUGGGCGGCGGCGCCUUCCGCGGGCUGCCCGCACUGCACUCGCUGCAGCUCACGCACGCGCUGGCGCGGGCCGGCCCCGCGCUGCUGGCCGCGCUGGACGCCGCGCUGGCGCCGCUGCACGAGCUGCGCCACCUGGGCCUGGCCGAGAAUGCACUGGGCCGCCUGCCGCCCGCCGCGCUGCGCCCGCCGCGCCUCGAGCAGCUGGACGCGCGACGGAACGCGCUGGCCGGCCUGGGCCCCGACGAGCUGCGCGCGCUCGAGCGCCAUGGCGGCCGCCCCGCGCCGCGCCUGCUGCUGGCCGGCAACCCGCUGCGCUGCGACUGUGCCGCGCGCCCCCUGCUGGCCUGGCUGCGCAACGCCACCGAGCGCGUGCCCGACUGGCAGCUGCUGCGCUGCGCCGCGCCGCGAGCGCUGCUCGACCGACCCCUGGCCCAGCUGGACGACGCGCGGCUGAGCUGCGGCGCCCAGGACGCGGACCUGGCCGGACCGGAGCUCGAGGCCUCUUACGUCUUCUUCGGGCUGGUACUGGCCCUCAUCGGCCUCAUCUUCCUCAUGGUGCUCUACCUGAACCGCCGCGGCAUCCAGCGCUGGAUGCGCAACCUGCGGGAGGCCUGCCGGGACCAGAUGGAGGGCUACCACUACCGCUACGAGCAGGACGCCGACCCGCGCCGCGCGCCCGCGCCCGCCGUGCCCGCCGGCUCUCGCGCCACCUCCCCGGGCUCCGGCCUCUGAGCGCGGCGCGUGGCGCCAGCGGCUCGCGGGGGCGGCGGGGGGCUCUGAGACCUUUGUGCGAUGGCGUUUCUCCGCGCCCAUCCCAGCCCCGACGUCCUCAGGCCGGAUCCGCCCACCGGCCGCAGCCUCGGAGAGACCUCGCAGUCAAAGACCACCUCCCCGCCGUCUGACGCACCCUCCUGGACCACCCCAGAUCCUGGACCCCCUGCCGGGACUCGCCCGGAGGCCCUGUCCUAGGACGCACAAGCCCCAGGACCACCCCUAGCAGUCCUUCGGGCUCUGACCUCUCCGUCCGAAACAUCAGCGCCCCCACGUUAGACAGCACGGGCCCCCCCAUCCCCUUCCAGCUUGGAGCCCUCGAGCGGCCACCAGAAGGUGACUCUGGACUCAGCGCCUUUGAUCUCCUCCUGGACCGCCGAGGCCUCCGUCCUGCGUGGAGACUCCCACCCCGGGGUGCCCAGGGCAGGCGCCCCACAGUCGGCGGAUGUUUCCGACCACCCACCAACCCAGCGCUGGCACGCUCCACUCUUCUUAGACUCAGGCAUGAGGACCAGUUGUUGCCUUGUGUCUGCCAGCCCUGGGAGCUCCCGCGCCUACCGCUGUCUCCAGUACUCAGUGCUUGUCCCCCCUUUGCUGCUGACUUCGGCCUCCGCCCGCCCCAGUCUUAGGUUCUCCCUCUCGGCUCUGGCUACACCAUUGCUUGUACCCAGCCCCCACCCGCCGCCCCGGGUCAGGCUCCAGGGAGGGAUUCUUCCUCUUUCCUGCCAGCAGGAUGGGCUCCGGGGCGACGACGGGCACAUUCCCACGGGCAGAGGGAGGGAAAGUUGGCGGUCAGGUCAGGUGGGUGUCCCCUGGAGAGGAGGGAGGGGCUCAGGGGUGCCCCAGGCCUGGGGGCUGCUCCCUGGCUCCAACCUAGCCCAGAGACACUUCCACCACCGGCGUUCGCGUCACCCCCGGCUACAGUCGUUCUGGAAGAUGGUGGGGUGUCCCGGCAUCUCAGGCGCGAGCCCCCCUGUGCGGGCCCAAGCUCCUGGCCUCUGCCUUCUGCAUGAUCCCAAAGCACAAGUGGGGACAGGGGAGGGGCCUGCCCUCCCCGACUCCCCCCCCCCUCGGUCAGGCAGAAUGGCAGGCCUGGGGGGACUCUUGCCUAGGAAGUCUCCCCACUCCGCUGUCCAGGCUGGACGUCAGCCUUCCCACCCACCCCCAAACUCUUGUACCCCCUGGGCAGUUUUCUAUAAAGUCUGCAAUAAUC